AUGUGUUUUAAUUUUGUUCAGAUAGCCACCCAGACCCUAUGGAACAUCAGGAUUGUUGUGCUAGCCAAGCCUGAGCACGAAAACAGAAUCUCACACAUCUUCUCAGACAGCGUCAAGACAGGGAUCGCCAACGCUUUGGGUAAGUCCCAUCAACUCACUGCAGUCCCGUCAACUCACUGCAGUCCCGUCAACUCACUGCAGUCCCAUCAACUCACUGCUCUUUGGGACAGUUUCCCAGACACCGAUUAUACCUAGUCCUAUAUUAAAAAGCUUGCUCAAUGCAGAAUACUCUUUGAAAUUGAUUUUUAGUCCAGGACUAACCUUAAUCUGUGUCCGGGAAACAGGCCCUUUGGGUAACUAGGUAAAUGAUCAAAGAUGCAUACAUCCAUAUUAUUUUUGUUUUUCCAGGAAAUAAGGGAGCAGUGGGCGUUUCCUUCAUGUUCAAUGGUACUUCCUUUGGCUUCGUUAACAGUCACCUGACCUCAGGCAGUGAGAAGAAGACCAGGUGAGCUGCAGGGACCAGAAAUAGUUGACAAAUCAUUUUCACAAUAUACAAAUCCUAAAGCAUACUAAAUAGCUGUGUCAAAUGGAGACCAUUUCCAUGUUUUCCCAGAACUCCUGACCCCCUAGGAACCAGAUUGCAUUGAAAGCUAAAUGGCGUUAAAUAAAUAAAAAGUGUAUUGAUUACACUGAUACAAUAUCAGUAGGUACAGAGAUUUGGGAUUAAAAAUGACCAAAUAAAUACAGACCAUUUUAAUGUAGUAUAUGUCUGACCAGAACUUCUCUCAAUUGCCUUGCAUUGAGUCAUAAAUGAAAAGAUUUCCACGGGCACAAUAUCAGUGCAUUUAACAUCUCGUCAAAACGUCUCUAAACUCAUAUGAGGUUUGUUUGUUUAUGCUCCAGUAUUGUUUAGAUUGUCUGUUGUUUGUGGCCUGUCUGCUCUAUUUCCUGAGGAGUCUAUUGACGCAUCGGUGCCUCAGUCUAAGUAACAUAGUUAAAAGAUCCCCAUCAAAAUCCGUCAGUUUAAAAUAGAGAUAUAUAUUUUUAAGAAUUAACAGCCUUUAACUGUUUCUGUUAGUUUCUGUUUGAUGAAUAGAGAAACACAAAGAUAUGAGCCUGCAUAUUGCAAAAAUAGCUAACCGUGAGAAAAGAAGACAUCAUAUCUCAACUUGAAACAAGACAUUUAAUUCCUGAACAUUUCUUCUCUUGCCAGACGCAACCAGAAUUACGUCAGCAUCCUACGCUUCCUUAAUCUUGGAGAUAAGAAACUGAAUCCUUUUGACAUCACACAUCGAUUCACUCAUCUGUUCUGGCUUGGGGAUCUGAAUUAUCGAAUCGAACUGCCAACCACAGUAAGUUAUACUUAGUUUAGCAGUUAGUUACCAUUGGGUGGGGAGAUUGUAUUGCAGCUAAUUCGGGGGGUAGCCUGACUGGGACUCGACCCCAGGUCCAGCAGCUGUCAUAUUCUUACGAAUAUUCUAAAAUCAGUAUGUAAACAAAAAUGAUGCGCAUUUUCCAAACAUAGACGCGUUUCCAUAAAAUUGACUUGCGGCAGGUAAAAGGCUGUGCGUGAUGACGUAGUGCACAUAAAAAUACCUUUUGCGGUUACAUUCCCAUGUACAGAUUAUUAUUAUUUUAUCUGACAUGUACUUUAGGUUGGAUAGAGACCUGGUUAGUGUAAUAAUGACAGUGUAAUCAACAAAUGAUCUCUCUACGACAGUCUGCUGAAGGUAUUAGUUAUAUUGAAGUAACCUACAGUGCAUUAUAAAAGUAUUCAUCCCCCUUGGCGUCUUUCCUAUUUUGUUGCAUUACAACCUGUCAUUUAAAUGGAUUUUUAUUUGGAUUUCAUGUAAAUGGACAUUUCACAAAAUAGUCCAAAUUGGUGAAGUGAAAUGAAACAAAUUACUUGUUUCAAACAAUUCUAAAAAAUAAAUAACGCCGCUGUGUUGCGUGCAUAUGUAUUCACCCCCUUUGCUAUGAAGCCCCUAAAUAAGAUCUGGUGCAACCAAUUCAGAAGUCACAUAAUUAGUUAAAUAAAGUCCACCUGUGUGCAAUCUAAGUGUCACAUGAUCUGUCACAUGAUCUCAGUAUAUAUACACCUGUUCUGAAAGGCCCCAGAGUCUGCAACACCACUAAGCAAGGGGCACCACCAAGCAAGCUGCACCAUGAAGACCAAGGAGCUCUCCAAACAGGUCAGGGACAAAGUUGUGGAGAAGUACAGAUCAGGGUUGGGUUAUAAAAAAAAGAUCAGAAACUUUGAACAUCCCACGGAACACCAUUAAAUCCAUUAUAAAAAAAUUUUUUUGAAAGAAUAUGGCACCACAACAAACCUGCCAAGAGAGGGCCGCCCACCAAAACUCACAGACCAGGAAAGGAGGGCAUUAAUCAGAGAGGCAACAAAGAUACCAAAUAUAACCCUGAAGGAGCUGCAAAGCUCCACAGCGGCGAUUGGAGUAUCUAUCCAUAGGACCACUUUAAGCCGUACACUCCACAGAGCUGGGCUUUACGGAAGAGUGGCCAGAAAAAAGCAAGUUGUUACUUUGCCACUGAGGACAGACCGCCUGGUGCAUGAAAACAGUGGGUGCAUCCCAAAUGGCACCCUAUUCCCCUAUGUAGUGCAAUAUAUAUAGGGAAUAGGGUGCCAUUUGGGAAACACAGCCAGCAUGCAGUUCCUGUUCCCUAUUUCUCUGUUAGCAGCAGUUAGGUGAAAUAGGGACUGUGCUGUGCUGCUGACAUCGCUGGGCAGGAAGAGAGAGCAGCUACUUUGCAUUGUGUUCCAUUGCCGGAAGCAGAGAGCAUUGUGUUCCCUUACAGGAAGCAGAGAGCAUUGUGUUCCCUUACAGGAAGCAGAGAGCAUUGUGUUCCCUUACAGGAAGCAGAGAGCAUUGUGUUCCCUUACAGGAAGCAGAGAGCAUUGUGUUCCCUUACAGGAAGCAGAGAGCAUUGUGUUCCCUUACAGGAAGCAGAGAGCAUUGUGUUCCCUUACAGGAAGCAGAGAGCAUUGUGUUCCCUUACAGGAAGCAGAGAGCAUUGUGUUCCCUUACAGGAAGCAGAGAGCAUUGUGUUCCCUUACAGGAAGCAGAGAGCAUUGUGUUCCCUUACAGGAAGCAGAGAGCAUUGUGUUCCCUUACAGGAAGCAGAGAGCAUUGUGUUCCCUUACAGGAAGCAGAGAGCAUUGUGUUCCCUUACAGGAAGCAGAGAGCAUUGUGUUCCCUUACAGGAAGCAGAGAGCAUUGUGUUCCCUUACAGGAAGCAGAGAGCAUUGUGUUCCCUUACAGGAAGCAGAGAGCAUUGUGUUCCCUUACAGGAAGCAGAGAGCAUUGUGUUCCCUUACAGGAAGCAGAGAGCAUUGUGUUCCCUUACAGGAAGCAGAGAGCAUUGUGUUCCCUUACAGGAAGCAGAGAGCAUUGUGUUCCCUUACAGGAAGCAGAGAGCAUUGUGUGCCCUUACGGGGCUGUGUCCCUUACAGGAAGCAGAGAGCAUUGUGUUCCCUUACAGGAAGCAGAGAGCAUUGUGUUCCCUUACAGGAAGCAGAGAGCAUUGUGUUCCCUUACAGGAAGCAGAGAGCAUUGUGUUCCCUUACAGGAAGCAGAGAGCAUUGUGUUCCCUUACAGGAAGCAGAGAGCAUUGUGUUCCCUUACAGGAAGCAGAGAGCAUUGUGUUCCCUUACAGGAAGCAGAGAGCAUUGUGUUCCCUUACAGGAAGCAGAGAGCAUUGUGUUCCCUUACAGGAAGCAGAGAGCAUUGUGUUCCCUUACAGGAAGCAGAGAGCAUUGUGUUCCCUUACAGGAAGCAGAGAGCAUUGUGUUCCAUUGCAGGAAGCAGAGAGCAUUGUGUUCCCUUACAGGAAGCAGAGAGCAUUGUGUUCCCUUACAGGAAGCAGAGAGCAUUGUGUUCCCUUACAGGAAGCAGAGAGCAUUGUGUUCCCUUUACAGGAAGCAGAGAGCAUUGUGUUCCCUUACAGGAAGCAGAGGAGCAUUGUGUUCCCUUACAGGAAGCAGAGAGCAUGUGUUUCCCUUACAGGAAGCCAGAGAGCAUUGUGUUCCCUUACAGGAAGCAGAGAGCAUUGUGUUCCCUUACAGGAAGCAGAGAGCAUUGUGUUCCCUUACAGGAAGCAGAGAGCAUUGUGUUCCCUUACAGGAAGCAGAGAGCAUUGUGUUCCCUUACAGGAAGCAGAGAGCAUUGUGUUCCCUUACAGGAAGCAGAGAGCAUUGUGUUCCCCUUACAGGAAGCAGAGAGCAUUGGUUCCCUUACAGGAAGCAGAGAGCAUUGUGUUCCCUUACAGGAAGCAGAGAGCAUUGUGUUCCCUUACAGGAAGCAGAGAGCAUUGUGUUCCCUUACAGGAAGCAGAGAGCAUUGUGUUCCCUUACAGGAAGCAGAGAGCAUUGUGUUCCCUUACAGGAAGCAGAGAGCAUUGUGUUCCCUUACAGGAAGCAGAGAGCAUUGUGUUCCCUUACAGGAAGCAGAGAGCAUUGUGUUCCCUUACAGGAAGCAGAGAGCAUUGUGACCAAGAUCAAACAGCAGCAGUACCAGGAACUGCUGUGCAGAGACCAGCUCACCAUUGAGAGGGCAGAAGAGAAGGUCUUCCUACACUAU